AUGCUUAACUUACCGGAAAUCGCGCUCGAUCAAUACGGCCUUUCUUCCCAACAUGCCUUUCUUCCCGAUAUUCCUCCUCUUCAAAAGUUACAAGACCCAUAUUACUCCUCAUGGGAAGAAAUAGUCAAUGACCUACCAACUCGUAUCGAGGCCGGAACUAUACGACAGGCAGUGGACAGCCUUCCCGUACUCUCAACUUCUAGGUUGCAAGAGGAUGCAGAUUGGCGGCGUGCCUAUGUUGUGCUUGCCUUCAUCACCCAUGCCUAUAUCUGGGGAGGUGGGCGGCCGAAGGAUGUUCUGCCACCCGCAGUGUCUCGCCCAUUUCUCGAGGUAUCGGAAUAUCUAGAACUGCCACCAUGCGCAACUUAUGCUGCUCUGAACCUCUGGAAUUUCAAAAUGACUUCUCCUGAUCUCGAUAUCACCGAUCCUGACAAUCUAUCAGUCAUCAACUCUUUCACUAGAACAAAGGACGAAGAAUGGUUCUUCGUGAUCUCGGUAGCAAUCGAGGCUAAAGGAGCAGAACUAAUUCCCCUGAUGCUCAACGCUGUAUAUGCCGCCACAAUAGAUGAUUCGCAACGAGUCGCGACAUUGCUACAUCAACUCAGUGAAGGUCUCAAGGAACUUGGGAUACUCCUAGAACGGAUGUAUGAAAAAUGCAGUCCGCCGGUGUUCUUCCAUCAACUACGCCCUUUCCUAGCUGGCAGCAAGAACAUGGCCGCGGCCGGUCUGCCGAAGGGUGUUUUUUAUGACCUAGGAGGUCAUGGGGAGUGGCACCAGUACAGCGGUGGGAGCAAUGCACAGAGCUCGUUGAUCCAGACGUUCGACAUAUUUUUGGGAAUUGAGCAUUCGGCUACAGGGGAGGCCAAGUCAAAAGGCCAGUCCAAGGGUGCAGUUGGCUACAUCCAGGACAUGCGGAAUUACAUGCCGGGCCCUCACCGACGUUUCUUAGAAAUGUUGACCCGGAUUUCCAAUGUGCGUCAGUAUGCAAUGGGUCACAAGCCAAACACGGAGGUGCGCGAUGCAUACAACACAGCUGUAAUGGCUGUGGGUGCAUUCCGGGAUAAGCACAUUCAAAUGGUGUCACGAUACAUCAUUACCGCAGCGAGGACUAAGCCGACUCACAAAUCAUUAGUGGAAGUCAACUUGGCCACUGUCACAGCAGCAUCUCAAGCACAGCGCUCGGAUGAAGCCCCUGCGCCAGGAUAUAGUGGAACUGGUGGAACUGACUUGAUUCCAUUCCUGAAGCAGACCCGAGACACGACAAAAGCUGCAGCGAACUACACAGAUUGA